AUGGAGAAGGAGAAGAAGAAAGUGGUAAGGGAUCACUACAGGGUUCUUGGUCUACCGUCGGGUAAGGAAGGCACCAAGCUUAACGAGAUAACGAUUAAGAAGGCGUAUAAGGCAAAGGCUUUGCAGUUGCAUCCGGACAAGAGGCCAAACGAUCCCAAUGCCAAGGACAAGUUUCAGAGGCUCCAGUCUUCCUAUGCGAUACUCAUUGAUCCAAAAUCUCGGAAAGAGUUCGACGCUUCUCUUUUAAGACUCGAUAGCAAGCCCUCAUCUGAACCAAAGAAGAAAACCUCUGAUGAACCAGAAGGGGAAGAGACUUUUUCUGAAUGGUAUGAGAGACAGAGCCAUCAUGACGAUUUGUUUCUUUUAUUAAACUACAUCUUUAUUAUUGGCCCAAUGAUUUUUCCGGUUGGGAGAAUACGCGCUGGCGUUCUCAUCAGGUUGGCGUGUUUAUUUGUUACUAUGCAAGAACUAGAUCGUCGUCAACAAGUGGAUAAUGUCUGGAUGAUGGUGGUUCGUGGCGUGGUUCGUGCAUACAAUUGUUUCAAACGCAAUCGUCCUAGUCCUACUCAGGCCACCAAUCAAGGAUCAGAAUCACAUGGAGACGAUCAUGAAGAUCUUGAGGACUGGGUGAUGGUUUAG